CCAUCUCUAGCCUGUUUUCCAAAUAUCACAUAAUAUCGAUCGACGCAGGUGCGAUAAAAGCUCAAGUACUAUGAACCUACAAGUAGUCUGAGAACUUGCUCUUCGCUUUGUUCGCGAUACCGACAAAAACAUCAAUAAGCCAGGGAUCAUGCCGCAGUAAUGCUACCGAUUAUUUUACUUCUGCUGGGUACUUUGAUCGAGGCUAAAGGACCACAUCAUCCGCAUGCCAGUCAUCAUCACUACCAUCCGCAACCUUCACCUCAUAAAAAACUAACCAAAGAUGAACAUAUUUUGCAUGAUAAACAGCAUAUAAACGAAGACCUUGGUGAUAAAUGGUCCGAUGAUCAGUAUUUGACCGAUGAAGAAAUGGAGUUCCGAUAUUUCAAAGUUCAUGACUAUGAUAAUAACACCAAACUGGAUGGAUUAGAGAUUUACCAGGCUAUUAAACAUAGUUUGGAUUACUCAAAUUCAGAUGUACUUACCGAGGCAAAGAUUGAAAAAGAAGAUACUAUAAUUGGAUUAAUCGAUCAAGUACUUCUCGAAGACGAUACCGAUUUCGAUGGUUACCUAAGUUACGCUGAAUAUGUUAUUGGAAGACAGAAAGAGAAGGAUAGAAGAAAUAAAAAAUAAAUUCAUCUUCCAAAUUUUAAUGUCCGCCAUUUUAUGUGUGUUAUAUAUGUGUAUGUUAUUGAAAUAAAUUCGUUUUUAUUUUA